AUGCAGAACCAUCAGCGAGACUCCAAAGCUUGUCAGGCACGUCAGGCGGCUGCAAAGGCCCAGGAGGCAAAGGCAGCGGCUGCCGCCUCAACCCAACAAGCGAAAGCCCGCCGGGGGCAGAGUGUUCCUGACAGCCGCAUUGGGGAAGCUGGCGGCGUGCAAAGCCAUCACACGGCCGCUCCCGCCACGCCCGCCGCGACCCGCGAAGCGAGCUCUGGCUCAGCCUUCCCUGUUUCGACGCCGCCCACGCCGCGCGGUGCUGCCACAACUGCCGCGGAGCAACAUCCCGGUUCGGGUUCGGACCCCACAUCCGCGUCUGCAAUCCCGAGCCCUUCUCCGCGGCCCUCUGGAUAUGCCCAGCACUUCAGUUCUCGAGGCUAUGGGGGGUUCGCACGUCCUGGCACUCCGGCUCUUGGAUUUGGACUUCCAGGUUUGCCUCAGCCUUGGCAGUUCCCUCUCGGAUACUGGCCCAGCCGCUGA